UAACUGUCGUAUAAAAGAUAAGUUGCGAGUUGCGACACCGCCUUGCGACUAAAUAUGGUACCAACUUAACGCAACGAGUUAACGAACUCAUUCUGUUAUUGUUCCGUGAUCGAUGAUCAUUCGUUGAAGUUCGUUGAAUGUUGAACUGUGCUUGUGAUAAUAUUUGUUCUUCUGGAGGCCUAUUCUGUAACUUUUAACAAAUGCGUUAUAACUGUAACGCAUGCGUUAGUCGUCGUAUCGUCGACGAAUUCAUGGUUAACAAAUGAAUUAUAGUUAUAACGCAUGCGUUAAAAGUUACAGAAUAAGUCUGCUGGAUCGAUUGCUAUUCUAAUAAAGAAGUCAUCACCAACAAAAAUGAGUGAAAGUCCACCGGAAAGUAGGAAUCGUCGUAGAAAUACGAACAAGCAAAUAAUUAAUGAAUUAGUUAGGCAAUGUAGGAAUCAAAGAAAAUUGGACGAUUUAAGAAAUCGAAUUACUACUGUCUACAAGACAGAGGCUUCAUCCGAUGAAGAGGUUUCAUCCGAUGAAGAGGUUUCAUCCAAUGAAAAGGUUUCAUCCGAUGAAGAGAAUAAUGAAAUGCUGCCCAUUCCAGGGAUUGAAGAUAUUUCUUUAUUAGAAACAAAUUCUGAAGUAUCAACAGAAUCUGAUGCAUCUAUCGAUCAACUUGAAAAUGAAAAUAUGGAUGAUAACAAUAAUUAUAAUAAUGACAAUGACAGUGAAUUACAUUUUGAAGAUGAGAAUAAUGACAGCGAAGGAAGUGUUGAAAUUAAUGAUGCUAACAGAUAUAGUAACGAUGAAGAAAAUGAUGAUUUAAUGAUUGAAUUUGAAAAUGACGAACAGAGAGGACGCUAUGUUUUAAAAACAUUGAGGGAGUGGGCUCUUGAAGGAGGUGUGUUAUCUAUGAAGAAGUUAAAUGAUUUACUUCGUAGAUUGAGAGUAUUGUUUCACAUCUUACCUAAAAGCUACAAAACCGUUAGGUGAUAAUGAAAAAAUUGUAGCAUCAAAACUUAUGACCAAAUUGAUGACUAAUUCCUUAGCGAAACAAUUCAACUUUGAUGGUCAUAAUCCUCAAAAGGCUAAAGUUAAUAAAAGGCCAUUUAAGAAACUGAAACUAUGGGAAUUAUUUCAAGGAGUUAUGCUAUUAAAAUUCC